AUGGGUUUAGGCCUGAUCGGUGAUUUUGUCAAUUUACAACAAGCUUAUGGCAAAGCAAGACAUAUCUUUAAGAAUCUAGAGGAAUCAUGUUUAUUGUAUUCUUCUGAUUCUGAUUUAGUGAGGUUACAUGAUGUAAUUUAUGAGAUGGCAGUGUGGAUAACAUCAGACUGUGGGAUGAACAUGAAUAAAUGGAUAGUGAAAAGUAAUGAUAGUUCCUCGGUUGAAAGACCAUCAACCAAUGCAGAGAAUUGGAGAUUCACGAACCGAGUGAUUAUAAAUGGCGAGGUGGAGCUUUUGCCAAUUUUGUCUCAUCAGUGUUCUGAUUUGUUGUGUUUAAUAAUACUAUAUAAUUCUGGUUUCAAAAAUAUUCCUGAAGGAUUUUUCAGUCAUAUGCCAAAUUUGAUAUAUUUGAAUCUUUCAGGCACUCUUAUCCAAGAGCUUCCAAAGGGCAUCAAAUGUUUAGUUAAUUUGCAAUACCUAAACAUUUCAAACACAAAGAUCUCAUCACUUCCAAAGGAGUUGGUAUAUUUGAAGAAAUUGCAAUAUCUAAUAUACAAGAAUUUGAAAUUGCUUGGCAAGAUAGAGGAAAAUCUCAUGUCAAGAUUACAGAAGUUGAAGGUCAUUGACUUAUUUCCAUCAGGGUGGGUAGACCCGGAAGGGUUAAAGAAAUUGAAGAAACACAACAACAUCAAAGGAAUAGGAAUGCGUGUAGUAUCAAAAGAGACACUAAUAAUUGAAUCAUGCCCACAACUUAAGGAGCUUGUGCUGAAUGGAAGUGGAAGUCAUCUCAAUAUGCUCAAAAUCUCUAAUGUUGAAAAGCUCCAGAACAUUAUUUGGACAGAUCUAUCCCCUCCAGAAUGUUUUCAUGUGUUGAAGGAGAUAUAUAUAUCAGGAUGUAAUUUGGAUAAUUUAGCUUGGGUCCUGCAUCUCCCAUGUCUAUCUUCUUUAGAUAUAAAAGAUUGUGCAGAGAUAGAAACAUUGUUUUACAUCGAGGAGAAAGAAAUCCAACAAGAAGUUUCAGAAGUCUAG